GUACGUCUCCGUAGCAGCAGCGGCGAGGAGGAGGAGGAGGAGGAGGAGAGCGGAGCUGAAGGUCACGGGAGGAGGAAAACCCUCAGCGUCGACACCGUCAGCUGAUAAUCGAUCGGAAGGAGCACGGGCUGCAGACCUCACGCCACGUCGCCCGUCUGCCUGUGUCUCCAUCACCAACCUCUAUUUGCGUUCAUCAUGGGUAACCAGGGGAUGGAGGACCUCAUCCCGCUGGUAAACCGGCUCCAGGACGCCUUUUCUGCCAUUGGCCAGAACUCGAACCUCGACCUGCCUCAGAUCGCGGUGGUGGGCGGACAGAGUGCCGGCAAGAGCUCGGUGUUGGAGAACUUCGUGGGCAAAGACUUCCUUCCUCGUGGUUCAGGUAUCGUGACUCGGCGUCCUCUGGUGCUGCAGCUCAUCAACUGUUCAACAGAAUUUGCUGAGUUCUUGCACUGUAAAGGAAAGAAGUUCACUGACUUUGAUGAAGUUCGGCAGGAGAUUGAAGCAGAAACUGAUCGAGUGACUGGACACAACAAGGGGAUCAGUCCAGUCCCCAUCAAUCUUAGAGUCUAUUCACCUAAUGUGCUGAACCUGACUCUGGUGGAUCUUCCUGGGAUGACCAAGGUCCCGGUGGGAGACCAACCCCCUGACAUCGAACACCAGAUUAGGGAGAUGCUCAUGCAGUUUGUUACCAAGGAAAAUUGCCUUUUGUUGGCUGUUUCUCCUGCAAACUCGGACCUUGCUAACUCUGAUGCGCUGAAGAUUGCCAAGGAGGUUGACCCACAAGGUCUAAGAACGAUUGGUGUGAUCACCAAACUGGAUCUGAUGGACGAGGGAACCGACGCCAGAGACAUCCUAGAGAACAAACUGCUGCCUCUCCGCAGAGGGUACAUCGGGGUGGUGAAUCGCAGUCAGAAGGACAUUGAUGGAAAGAAAGACAUCACUGCUGCACUGCAGGCUGAGAGGAAGUUCUUCUUGUCUCAUUCGGCCUACAGACACCUGGCUGACCGCAUGGGCACGGCCUACCUGCAGAAAGCCCUUAACCAGCAACUGACCAACCACAUCCGGGACACGUUGCCAGGGUUACGCAGCAAAUUGCAGAGCCAGCUGUUGUCCAUUGAAAAGGAGGUACAGGAGUACAAGAACUUCAGACCGGAUGACCCAAGUCGCAAAACCAAGGCUCUUCUGCAGAUGGUGCAGCAGUUCGCUGUGGACUUUGAGAAGCGAAUCGAAGGAUCUGGAGACCAGGUGGACACCUAUGAGCUGUCAGGAGGAGCCAAGAUCAACCGCAUCUUCCACGAGCGCUUCCCCUUUGAACUGGUCAAGUUGGAAAGUGAUGAGAAAACUCUACGUAAAGAGAUCAGCUAUGCCAUCAAGAACAUCCACGGUGUCAGGACCGGGCUGUUCACGCCAGACAUGGCCUUUGAGACCAUUGUCAAGCGUCAGAUCGCUCAGAUCAAGGAGCCGUGUCAGAAAUGUGUCGACAUGGUGAUUAGUGAGCUUGUCAACACCGUCAGACAAUGUACACAGAAGUUGGCUCAGUACCCGAUGCUCAGAGAGGAGAUGGAGAGAAUCGUCACUCAGCACAUCAGAGACCGUGAGAGCCGCAGCAAAGAUCAGGUGAUGCUGCUCAUUGACAUUGAGUUGGCCUACGUGAACACAAAUCAUGAGGACUUCAUUGGCUUUGCAAAUGCUCAGCAGAAGAGCAGCCAGAUGAAUAAGAAGAAAGCAGCAGGAAACCAAGACGAGAUCAUGGUGAUCCGUAAAGGUUGGCUAACGAUAAACAACAUUGGCAUCAUGAAAGGAGGAGCUAAGGAGUACUGGUUCGUUCUGACAGCUGAGACCUUGUCCUGGUACAAAGAUGAUGAGGAGAAAGAGAAGAAGUACAUGCUGCCGGUGGACAACCUGAAACUCAAAGACAUUGAAAAAAGCUUCAUGUCCAGCAAACACAUCUUUGCCCUGUUCAACACUGAGCACAGGAAUGUCUACAAGGACUACCGUCAGCUAGAGUUGGCCAGUGAGUCUCAGGAAGAGGUGGACAGUUGGAAGGCUUCUUUCCUACGGGCUGGAGUGUACCCUGAACGCAGCGUGGACAAGGAAAAGGUGGAGACAGAGGAGUCAAGUGGCGAUGGGCAGAUCCACAGUUUGGACCCUCAGCUGGAGCGACAGGUGGAGAUCGUCAGGAAUCUGGUGGACUCAUACCUAGCCAUCAUCCAUCGCACCGUCAGAGACCUGAUUCCCAAGACCAUCAUGCAUCUGAUGGUCAACAACACCAAGGACUUUAUCCACUCAGAUCUGCUAGCCCAGCUCUACUCUUGUGGAGACCAGAACACUCUGAUGGAGGAGUCUGAGGAACAGGCUCAGCAUCGUGAUGAGAUGCUGAGGAUGUACCAUGCUCUGCGCGAAGGGCUUACCAUCAUUGGAGAUAUCAGUACCACUACUGUCACUACAGCGAUGCCUCCACCUGUUGAUGACUCCUGGCUUCAAGUAACAGGAAUGCCAUCCGGACGCAGGUCUCCCAUGUCUAGUCCAACCCCUCAGCGUCGGGCCCCUCCUGGACCUCCUCGUCCAGGUGGUCGAGCAGCCCCUGGCCCUCCUGGUCGACCCGCUGUGUCGCCUGACCCAGGACCCCCACCCUCUGUGCCCUCAAGGCCAAACAGAGCGCCCCCACCGGGAGUCCCUAGAAUCUCUAUCAGUGACCAGUGAGGAGUUCACCAAUGUCGUCCCAGUAAAGGUAGCCCUGCACACGGAGAGAGUCCCCAGUCUUCUAUUGAGGGUUAAUCUGACCCAGUGUGUGUUUGUGUCUCUACUGAGGUGUCUUCUACUGCUCUCUGCUGAUGAUGCUGUGUUACUGUUUACCUUACUAGUAAUAAUAAAAGUCAUAAUUAGCAUGUUGUAUAAAUUUACCUGCAAUACAUUGUGUACUUGAGUCAGUGUGUGUUCGUCAGGAAGGCGAGACAGGUGAGCCGCUUGUCUGUUUGUCACAUCAUGUCAACACAGCAGCGAUUGUGUCAGGGCCGCGGGCCACAUUCACGCCCAGGUCCCGGUUGUGGCGUCAGUGAGUCACUUUUUUUAUGAAGCUGAACUUAUGAUGGAUCUUUUUCUUUACAGUGUAAAGUUACAUGUUGUUUGAACCUGUGUAUUUAUUGAUCUAUUUAUUGACUAUUUUUUCCUGCUAUUAUCAGUGGUCACUGUUUCCUUUCAUACAUGUUGUUAGCUGAGUGACAGCGAUGCUAUCACAAUCUAACUUGAUGUAAUCUGUUUUGAAACCUUGCUUAUUCCACUGGCACCAGUACCACCAUUAACAAGUUAAUUAGUCUAUUUUCCAUGAAAUACAGUUUGUAGCAGGAAACUGAGCGCUGAUUUUUUUUAUCUUUUAGUUUUAGUUUUAUUUGGCUGCAGCGUUGAUCCAGAUGUGUGACUGGAUGUGAUGGUUCUAUGUGUAACUGCUGAUCCAUCUGUGAUACUGUUGUGGUGGUUCUGUAGACUAGGUCUGAGCUCGUAGUGUUCAGGUUAAUGUCAGCAUGCUCGCUCACGUGUUGUAUGAAUCUCAAGCUGCGUGUUGAACGUAGCUCUGCGAUCUGUGCCAGUGCUUUGUUCUCUUUGUAGUUUUAAUCAAAAUGUAUGAAGAUGAUAAAUUAUCAUUAAUGUAAUAUGCGUGCUUCUUACACUGAAAUAUGCAGUGGUCCAAACUGUGCGUGUUCCGUUGUGUAUCUUUGUGUCAUGUGAUCAGGGCCAACAGAGACGUGUUCACUUGAAUAAAGUGUAUUUGAAUGAAUUUGUUGGGAGUUGGGUGUAGCACCCCAGUGGAAAUAAAGGUGUACGCUCUCGAA